AUGAAUGCUGAUUUUUCAAAGCCUGUCUUUUUUUUCUUUCCACUUGUUUCCUUUCUGCUCGCCUUCUCUUUUCCUAUUUAUGUAUUUUUUACUCAAUACAGGCUAUCUUUAUCUUUACUAGAUUCCCAAAUUCCCAAAUUCCCAAAUUCCAAAUGCUCUCCGCCGACGACCCCAGCCUCAUUACCUCAUACGAGCUCGUGGCGCGGUCGCUUGAGGACUCGAUCAAAUACGACAACCUCAGCGACGCAGACAAGAGCCGGGCACGCAAACAGCCUCCCCACAUGCGGCAGCCGGGGCGGCGCGGGGGGCUCAAGCAGCGGUGCCUAGCCGGGCUCCGGUCCAUCGACCUCUUCUGGGCGCUCACAGCAGCAUCCAUCGGCACGUUCAUCCUCAUCGCCCUUGCGCUGCUGUAUUUCCGGCACUCACACAACGCCUUCAUGCACCGGUUCUCGCACGAGGAGCUGAGCCGCCGGCGACACCACCUGGGCUUCGACCACAUAUACGUGGUGCAGCAUGCAGAUGGCGGUGGGCGGCAGUGGGCGGAGGACGCCGCACGCAUGGAGAUCGAACUGCAGCCGUGGCCAGUGGCAGAAUCCGCGCCCACAGCCACAGACGCACGCAGCACGCUGCUGGUGCAGCACGCAUGCUGGCACGCGCACCGCGGGAUCUACCGCGACAUUGUCGCCAGCGGCCACAUGGACGCGCUCAUUAUCGAGGACCGCGUUGUGGCCGGGCCCAGCGCCCGGCUGCGGCUAUACGGGGCGCUGCGCGGGGUGCCGGCCGACUGGGACGUGCUGCAUCUUGGCCCGCCGGCCAACAGCACCGACCCGGGCCGCCACGACGACAUUGCCAUUCCCGGCGCCGCCGCCGGCGUCCUGGCCUAUCGCCGCGUGGACGCUGGCGCCUGCGACAACCUGGCGUACGCCGUGUCGCUGGCUGGCGCGCGCAAGGUGCUCAAGAUGGCUGAGGCCCACGGCGGCUUUGAGCACGCAAUGGCCGACGCCCUGGAGCGCGCCCGGCUGCUGGUCUUCCGCAUCACGCCGGCGAUCUUCGCAUGGGCCGACGAGUCAGCAGCCCGCAGAGUGCAAUGACCCCUCGGCGUGGUCGGCCUCGGCCUGGCGCACGGCGUCGGCGACCACCUCGCUGAACGCCACGCGCGCUGCGCCGCCGCCAGCCGCCUUUGCGCGCGCAAUGCUGCUGGCCAGGCUGCGGCGCAGCGCGCGUGCCUUACGGCCCUGGAACAGCGCAUACAGCGGGCGC